UUGCUUGUGUUUGCCUGUAUUGCUGAUGGGUUCGGUUAUUAUCUCCCCUUCUUUCUAGCUGGGUUGCCCUUCCUCAUCAUUGAAACGAGCACAAUCCAGCCCUACCAGCGGGGCUUCUACUGUGAUGAUGACAGCAUCAGGUACCCGCUGAAGACAAUGGAGACAAUCAACGAUGCAGUGCUGUGUGCUGCGGGCAUCCUCAUCGCCAUCCUCGCCAUCAUAACGGGAGAGCUCUACCGCAUCCACUACCUGAAGGAGAAGUCACGCUCCUUUAUCCAGAACCCCUACGUGGCAGCGCUCUACAAGCAGGUGGGCUGCUUCGUUUUCGGCUGCGCCAUCAGCCAGUCCUUCACAGACAUUGCCAAAGUGUCCGUCGGGCGCUUGCGGCCGCAUUUCCUGGAAGUUUGCGAUUUGGAUUUCUCCACCAUUAACUGCGCUAAAGGAGUUUACAUCCAAAACUACACCUGCAGGGGAAGCGACAGCAAGGUCCAGGAAGCCAGGAAAUCCUUCUUCUCCGGACACGCGUCCUUCUCCCUCUACACCAUGCUGUAUUUGGUG